AUGUAUGAACGCAGCUUUGUUUUUGCUUUUGGUCAGGCUUCGUGUGUGCAGUACCGUCUGGUCAUCCGAGAUGUGAACACCCUCCAGAUUCUUCAGCUGUACACUUGCCUGGAUCAGAUCCAGUACAUAGAAUGGUCGUCCGAUUCCCUCUUUGUGUUAUGCGCCAUGUACAAGAGGGGCAUCGUUCAGGUCUGGUCCUUAGAACAGCCAGAGUGGCACUGCAAGAUCGACGAGGGCUCAGCGGGACUGGUGGCUUCGUGCUGGAGCCCGGAUGGUCGUCACAUCCUCAAUACAACGGAGUUUCAUCUGCGGAUAACUGUGUGGUCCUUGUGUACAAAAUCUGUAUCUUAUAUCAAGUAUCCCAAAGCUUGUCAGCAGGGAAUAGCUUUCACUAAGGAUGGCCGCUAUAUGGCAUUAGCAGAAAGACGUGACUGCAAAGACUUCAUCAGCCUCUUUGUGUGCAGUGACUGGCAGCUCCUGAGGCAUUUUGACACUGAAACUCAGGAUUUGUUUGGGAUUGAAUGGGCUCCCAAUGGCUGUGUUCUGGCAGUGUGGGAUACAUGUCUGGAGUAUAAAAUCCUGCUGUACUCCCUUGAUGGCAGACUGCUGUCCACGUAUCGGGCUUAUGAAUGGUCGCUGGGCAUAAAAUCAAUUGCCUGGAGUCCCAGCAGUCAGUUUUUGGCAAUUGGCAGCUAUGAUGAAAAGGUGCGGAUCUUGAACCAUGUAACUUGGAAGAAGAUCACAGAGUUUGAGCAUCCAGCAAUCAUUACUAAUCCAAAGACUAUUGUGUAUAAAGAAGUGGAGAAAUCCCCAUCCGUUGAAACAGAGAGACUUUCUUUCCCUCCGAGAGCAUUGGCUAGUUCUCUCUUCAGCACACACAGUAAAUAUGAUAUUUCUGAGGUGCCAGUUUCUUUACAGUGUGUCAAACCAGUUGCGGACAAGGCAAAUCCCAAAAUUGGGAUUGGAAUGCUGGCAUUCAGUCCAGAUAACUGCUUCUUGGCAACCAAAAAUGAUAAUAUUCCUAAUGCUGUCUGGAUCUGGGACAUUCAGAAGCUGAAACUGUUUGUAGUCUUGGAGCAGCUGUGUGCAGUCCAGUCCUUCCAAUGGGAUCCACGACAGCCUCGACUUGCCCUAUGCACAGGCAAUGGCAAACUGUACUUGUGGUCCCCAGCUGGAUGCGUGGCAGUGCAGGUUCCAAUGGAAGGUGACUUUCAGAUCCUCUCUCUCUGCUGGCAUUCUAGCGGAGAUUCCCUGGCACUUCUGAGUAAGGAUAACUUUUGCGUAUGUUACUUAGAAAGAGAAGAGGCAAAAUAA